AUGGAUGCUGUAAUGCCAAGUGAAACACUCUCCCUUGGAAGAAGGAAGAGCAUUGAUCUGAGACUGUGCUUGCAGGUUCAACUGCCAAAACUAUUGGAAACAGGUCUAGCGGAACAAGUCAGUGAAAGUGAUUGGAGUGAACUGAACAAUGCUUUGGGUGGAGAGAGUUGUUUCACCUUGGAAUCGAAAAUAAAACGCAAACCAAAUCGAGCAGCGAAAUCAGAAAAGAAAAAGGUUGCAGCAGUUACAGAGUUCUUUGGAAGUCUAAUCCAUUUUCCUUAUUUAGCUGUCCAUAGUUCCCGAUGGUCGCUGAAGGUUCCCUGGAAUGUAUCGGCAGUGAAGGGGUCAAGUGCGGAGAUCCCGUGUACUUUUGAUUACCCCGCCGGAGGCAGAAAUCCACGGAUUCUCUGGUUAAAGGGGGGUCAUAAACCGGGAAGCCCAGGGGUUAGCGUUAUCUACAGCAACAGAGAUCCAGGUAGUGUGAGCCCUGAAUAUAAAGGGAGAACAGAAUUGAGGGGGGACCUGACAAAGAAACAAUGUUCAUUGUUAAUAAAACACGUAAGGAAGAGAGAUGAAGGAGAGUAUUACAUCAGGGUGAAGAUUACUACGGCGAGGAAUAUACCAGACGCCAGCUCUCGCAAUAUUCCUGUCUCUCUCACCAUUUUAGAGAAACCUCAAAUCACAAUCUCUGAGCUGUUCAUUGCUGGAAAACCAGCUCAUCUGAACUGUUCAGUCACCCAUAGUUGUUCAACUUGUGAUUUUGAGCUGAAAUGGACACAAAGGCCGAGCCUAACUCCUAUUCAAUCACAGUCAAUGAAAAGCAGGAAUAAUUUCGAGAUUUCCUGGACUGUUUUAUCAACAUUCUCGUUCGUUCCAUCCGCUGAUGAUCACGGACGGACCCUGGUCUGUGAACUUACAGGGGCUGAUGGAGUGGUGACCGGUCAAGAAACUCUUAGAUUGGAUGUGAGAUAUGAACCCACAAUAGUAUUUGAUCUGAAGUGCACAAGUGCCAAGAAUGAGACUUCAUGUAUCUGCAUUGACAGAGCCAAUCCCCCAGCAAACAUCACAUGGAACAUCAGUGGGAAAAGCAUCGCAAGGAACACUUCAGAUAUUAUAGUCUAUUCCUGGAUGAAGAAUAAUGGUCUGUUUCAGAGCUCUCUGACAUUGACUCACCUAAAUGGAUCUGAAGAGCUGAUUUUAUGCAGGGCAGAGAACGAAAAUGGCGUUAGUGUCAGGAAAUACCAGCUCAAUUCAACAGGGAGAUCCAGCAUCAUAUCUGGUCCAACCUGCACCAAUUCCAAGAUUGGCCUCGCUUGUACCUGCAGAGUCAGAGCCAAUCCCCCAGUAAACGUCACAUGGACCCUCAAUGGGAGAAAGAUCACGGGAAACACUUCAGAUGUUAGAGUUCAUUCCUGGAGAAUGAAUAAUGGCCUGUUUCAGAGCACCCUCAAACUGAAGCAUCUCACUGGAUUUGAAAAACUAAUCUCAUGCACGGCUGAGAAUGCGCAGGGUGUUAGUGUCAGCAGGUACCAGCUCCAUUCAACAGGAAGCCUUCCCUGGAUAAUUUCCAUCUCUGUCGGAACAGCUUUGGCCGUUAUCAGUCUGAUUUGGAUUGCAGUGAAGGUGCGGAGCAGGAAGAAAAGAGAUAUAGUUGCUACUCCUGCAGCCAGUUUGACACAGCACCCACUGAACACAGAGACCAAGUCAGAUGAAAGUGAGGAGGUUCUGUAUUCAGCGGUCUGUGUUUUCAACGCUCACAAACCUGACCCUCCAGCCCAGGAAGAGGAGCCCAGUGAAUAUGCUGCAAUUAAAUGGAAAUGAUAUCAAGAUGGAUUCACCCAAUUCACC